AUGACACAGGACGAUUUCUCCACUAAUAUCAAAAAAGGAACAUCAUCUGUCUUCCAAGCAAAAGUUUCUGACUGGCUCCCACAGGUGGUCGGUGGUAAUGGAGUUUAUUUAAAGAUUCAGGAUCCUGAUACUGGGGAAAUUAAAGAUAUAAUCGACUCUAUGACUGGCGCUGCAGUUGGCGCAUUAGGAUGGGGUGAUCCUGCUGCCUUACAAAUUAUCAAUGAUGCUGCAAGAGCCACAACUUAUUCUUAUCCUGCCGUCUUUGGAAACAAGUAUGCUGAGCAGUUGGCUGAUUAUUAUAUUUCGAGAUCACCACCCGAUGCCUUCGCAGCAGCAUUAUGGACGUGCUCAGGCUCUGAAGCUAAUGAAAAUGCUUUGAAAAUUAUUCGGCAGUACUAUUUGGAAAGAGGUUUAACUAGCAAAAAAAAGUUCAUAUCUCGUAAGACCUCAUAUCAUGGUUAUACAAUUGGUGCAAUGUCCCUUGGAUCGGGUAUUCGCAGUAAGAUGUUCCAGGAAAUUCUUUUACCUGAGGACCAAUGUCUUAAAAUGGAACCUUUUUAUCCUUACAGAAAUCAACAAGAACAUGAAACCCUAGAGGAAUAUUCACAAAGAUUAAUACAAAGUCUCGAAAAAAUGGUAAUUGAUGAAGGCCCGGAGACUAUUGCUGCAAUUAUAGUGGAAACUUUACCUGGUUCGUCUUUGGGAACUUCACCUCCAACCUCGACUUACUUACAAGGUAUUAGAGCAAUAUGUUCGAAGUACGACAUUUUAUUCAUGUUGGAUGAAGUCAUGUGUGGAACAGGUAGGUGCAAUCCAAAUGGAGCAUUGAAUUGUUGGGAAAACUUCCUUCAGCCAGAUCAGGGCCCAGAUAUCCAGACAGUAGGUAAGACGCUUGGUUCUGGAUAUGUGACCAUUGCUGGAGUUUUAAUUAGUCCUAAAGUCAGAAAAGAAUUCAUAAACGGAUCUGGAAAUAUUAUCGGAGCACAAACUUAUUCUAGUCACGGUUUCAAUUGUUACGUAGCUUUGGAAAUCCAAAAGAGAAUCGAGAAGCUAAACUUGACUAACAACAUUUUUAAUGUAGGAAACUACUUGGGAGAAAUGUUGAAAAAUGAGAUUAAGGAUAUUAGUAUUGUUGGUGAUGUGAGAGGAUUAGGUGGCUUCUGGUCCAUUGAGAUCGUCAAGAAUCAAAAGACUAAAGAGCCGUUCUCAUUAAACUUGAAAAUCGCUCCCAGAUUGCAAAAAAUAUGCUUCGAGAAUGGUGUUACUGUAAUGGGAUCUCAGGGCUGCGCAGCUGGUAUAGGUGACCACGUAAGUAUUGCUCCCUCCUUCGUUAUGACUCCUGAAAUCGCUCUCGAGGUCGUGAAAAAGGUUUCAAAGUCAUUACGUGAAUUGAAUGACGAACUAAAAGGUGCAGAAAAUUGA